GUAGCUACACAUGUUUUGAUGACGUUUGUCGGAAAACAAACUCGGGCGAUGAGCUGGCGUGUCGUUCGUAACAAAAUUUGAGCAUAUUUCAUAGCAUUUCCAAACACAUUACUUCUAUGACUUCUGUUAGACACCAGGGAUGAGGCGAUCAAAUAUGACAAAUAGUGGCUAUGGACCAGAGAACCAUGGUCAAAUGUCCUAUCAACCAACAGCAGCAAUGCUUGAAGAGGAAAAUACACAACUGGAAAAUGCCUUGUCCGGCAAGGUUAAAGUCCUGAAAUCAUUGACAAUUGACAUGGGUAAUGAAGUAAGACACCAGAAUAAGAUGCUUAAAGGAAUGGAUGAAGAUUUUGACAAGUCUGGUAACUUCCUGGAAGCUACCAUGGGGCGAUUGAAACGACUCACACAAGCUGGUCACUAUAAAUUAUGGAUAUACCUUCUUUUGUUUACUUUUUUUGUCUUUUUUGUCUGUUGGCUUAUAGUGCGUUUUUAACAAAUAGGAAGAGCUAAGGGACAUCUUGAAUGUGUCAUCUGAUGGAUUGUGUUUUGGUUUUGGGGUCUCCUGUAUCUUUUAGUGACUGAAACCGUCAAGAUACAGACAUUGCAUGUGAAGAAGGUACACUCAUGUACCACUAUGCCUUUGCUGUAAGCUUGUUUUGUGCAUACUGGUAUAAAGUAUGCCUGUCUGUGUGUGUGUGUGUGCUCAAGAGUGGAAUGUUGGGACAGUGCACAAAAUAGUGAAUGCAAGAAACCUUUAAGCUGUGCUUAAGUUAUAUAAAGCAAAGUAUUUUCCAAAAGCAUGUUUUGAUUGUCGAAGAUUACAUUGAAAGAAAAGAUUGUGUUUUCAUUUUAUUUUGCGAAGUGAGGAUUCUGGAAUAAGUAUUCAUUUACCAAGGAACAGGGUUAUUCUUUUAUUAAAAUAGUUACAUGUGAAACAUUUUUAAAAUCAGUUCUUUGGUGUCUCUAUUGAGACAAAGGUUGCAGGGGCCAAGGGUGGAAAGGCUAUGAGUAUUUCUCUUUGGGUAAUGGGGAGCUGAGGAGUUUGUUAUUCUCUUCUGGAUCUGUAUUAUGCCACUCAUUAUACACUGGAUCUUUACAAAUUACCAGAAAAAAAUGGACAUUAACUAGAUUCGCAUCUUCCUGAAUACUAGUCAUACAUGUUGUACUUCAUCAGAAAAGUUUGUUGUACUUCUUUCCAAUCUUUGUCACUAACAUGAAAAAUUGUAUAUAUGCUGCAUAAAUAAAUGGAUUGUUGCACUCA